AUUCUUAUCGCGGGUAUUACCUCCGGGCCCAGGUAAUGCACAAAUUACAUCUACUGGUCCCAAAACACUGUUUCGUGGGAAAAGAGCAUUCUCCACUUCGAAAUCUUCAAGUCGAGCAAACAUUCGGCAAGGAAAUACCCACCCGCAUCGCCCACCGCCAUGCUGUCGUCGCUCGUCGCACCCAUCCUGCUCCUCCUCUUCGGGGAGCUCGCCCUCCCAGCUCAGGCGGACGACUGCACCACGUUUCCCAGCUGGACCAUCAAGCACUUCAGGAGCAACGCCACCGACGCAGUCGGGAGCGACGGCACCGCGUCCUUCUCACUCACCAACAACCUCAGCGGCGUGACCGACGACCUGAAAUGCAAGCUCGAGGCAAACUACCGCUGCACCAUCGCCGGCACCCCCAGUGACAAGAACCUGACGGUGACGUUCGCCAUCCGGACCGCUUCUCUGCAGAUCUCGCUCGACGAGGUGCUCAACUGCCCUGACAGAACAACACCGCUCCAUGUCAUCGGAAAUGAAGGUCUGGACUUGAAUUGCACCGAGGUCAUGGUUCCAGGUGGACCCUACUCGUGCUCACUGGAGGAGGACACCAUCCAGGGCGCUCCGGUUGAGCUGGCGCCUGGUAGUAAUUAAAUCCGUUUGCUUGGAGCGGAGCUGGAGGGGCCAUCUGGGUGAUUCGGGUAGGCUAGGGCGGGCGUGGUGAUGUAAUGAUGGGAUUCGAGUGUUGUCUAAAACGCAAAAGGGACAUGUGUUUUUG